AUGUCUGAAAGUUUGGUGGUUCUGCGUUACUUGAACGCUGAACAACGAGUUUCGCUUCUCGAUGACCUAAUAGAGCAGGACAAUUUUAGCGCACUUGUAGGUGUUAUUGAUGCCCAUGAACAAUUGAGUGGUUCACAUGUCGAAGCUCUAUUUGAGAAAGUUGUUUCCAAGGUUGAUAACGAAGUUCAGGAGAUAGACCUACAGAAUGCACACAGAGAUGUCGGCUGUGAGCAUUUAUCCGAAGAUAUGGAUAUAUUCGCCAAAAUUGUGGUAUCGGUGCCUGAUCUUUGGGUCAAAAUUGAACGGAAGAUAAGUGUGAUGUUAGAUAACUACAUCAGAUGCAACAUGGGUAGAUGCUUUUCUGAAGCGAUGAAGAAAGUAUAUGAAAGUGAGUGUUCCAUCGCGGAGCAUGACAUGGAGCAAGAAGAAACAUCCACAGUCAUAACUUACCUCGCAUUUUUGGAACUUCUAUUCCUCAAACAAGAAAGUUUGCAGACGUUAGAACUAGUGGCGUUAGACAAAAUAUUAAUUGUCCUGCAAGCUUGCAAUAUUGAAAAUAUAGCUACAUCUUGCUCCAGACUUAUGAGAUGGACACAUCAAUCUGUAGUUUCUCAAUCAUUAAAAUCACAAUCAUUUGACCUGUUCCUAUGGCAUGUCAUCACCUUAAUGAAUUUAGAGAAAGAUGAGAUUGACUGGAAGCAAAGAGUGUGCCUAUCAUUGUUGUUGAGAAUUUUAUCCAAUGAGGGUAUUUCAGAUCAGGGGGUUCAAUUUGUUAAAACUCAAGAGUUUUGGACCUUAAUUCAUUCCUCGUUGAAUCAUACAGUACAUGAAUACAGAAAACUAGGCCUAUCUAUUGUCAAACUCGCUAUUUUAAAGAUUGUUGAUAAGGUCAGUGAACCACUAGAACAUGAAAUGUUCAAGUGGGAUCCUCAACAAAAUGUAAAGAUAAUAGAAUCUUGGAAAAGAUUUACAACUUUGUAUGAAAUUGUGGCAGUAGAUACUGCACUAAAUCAAAUACAAGAUGCUAGAAAUGAUAUUAUUGACAUUUUCAAUGAUGAUAAUUUACCCCCAACUUGGAGUUUGUUGUUGUUCUCCACAGGUUUGACUGCUUCCAUGGAAAGUGUCAGAAAAUACAUCGUUAAUAUUAUGCUGGAUAUAAAGAACAUGUCAGUUUUCUCAGCCAAUUUAAAUGUGCUCAGAACAUCUUUUAUCCCCGCAUUAAUGAACGCCCAUUUUUUCAAUGUGAUUGGUUGUGAAUGCCCUUACGGUGAUAAACUAUCAGAGUUCAUAAAAAGUAUUAUUCUCGCCUCCAACAUUAAAUCAGAAAUCAUUUCCUCAAUACUAGAGUUGUUAAUAGACCAAGGAACCUCUUUUGAUCCGGCAAGGAUAUAUGUUACUUAUGGUAUUUUGAACUGUCUAAAUACUCAAGUUCCAAAAUCUUUACAAAGUAAACACUUCAGAUUGAUUCGUCGAUUAUUUGAAUUUGAAUGUGAGGAGGAAGUUUUUGAAACCACUUUACAGCAUAUUCUCCUAAGGUUACUACUGCAUGGGAACAAUUCCAUAAGCGCUGCUGAGUUGGUCCAAUCAGUUGUUGCUCAUAUUAAAUGUCAACGUGGUGACUUUAAAUACGUAAAGCCAUUGGUAGAAGAUUUCAGAGAACAUUGUGUUAUCAACUUCAAUCCAAUUUUGGUAGAUGAGCAGUUAAGUCCCUCGUUAGGUGUGGAUUCUGUAUUUGAUGCUGUGGCUGUAACUCUCUUCGAUAUUUCAGGGCCUCGCACAGAUAUUAAUGUAAUCAAACAACUAAUAAAAUUGGAUAACCUUCAGCCCGAGGAUAACAGUAUCAUUUCUACAGAACUGGUAAGACUUUUAGAUGCAAAAGAAUUGAAUGAAUAUCCCAAAGAUUGUGAUAUUUUAACUAGGGCAAAGACCAUUAACCAAGGAAUAUGGAGCAAUCUAAAUGUACAAUCAUUAUAUGUUUCUUUAAGAGAGAAUUUCGAACCUGAAAAGUUUAAGUUUUUUGUUGCCUUGUAUCAGAAUAUGAUAAAUUAUGGUACAAUUGUCGUCGAUUUUGCAUUCACUGAUAUUUGUGACAUAUACGAAUCCAUAAAGAAGUUUAAUACUGCCAAAAAAACAGAUAGUGACUAUAAAAUGAAAGAUUCAUUGUAUGAUACUUAUUUCAAAUUACUAUUUGUUUACUUAAAAACCACUCCAUUACGACAGGAAAGAAAUGAUAUUAUCAAUAUUCUUAAUAUAUUAGAAAGUAACGUUAAUACCGACAAUGGCUAUUAUCUGGGCAACCUAGGUGCAGUAUCCAUUUGCCAGACACUAACAUCGACAUAUCUCAUUCCUAUCGCCAACAAACUACAUGAUGAACAAGUUGUAAUAGGUAAACAUAUAAUCACUAUAUUGUCAACUAUAUGGGAUAAUAUAAGCGGCGAAAGAUUAAUUUUGAAGGAACGGGAUUUGCACUUAGCAUUUAUAGAUACGCUAUUUCAUCCUCAUAUUCUUCUAUUAGUAACAACUGAUAGUGAGUACGAGACGAAAAUAUCAAAAAUUGGACUGGAUAUUAUUUCUAAGGCAUAUUCAAGGCGGUCAUUACUUCCUCAUCUAGGAAAAAGAAUCAACGAGUUCUUCAUGUCAUACAACUCUCUUUUAUUGAAGUGUGAAUGGAUGAUUGCGAUCAUGGUUAAUGCAUUCAAAACCGUCCAGAUGGGCGAGAACGUUUUCAAAUUAAAACCUGUUAUUUCUAAGUUCUAUGAAAACCAUGUAUCAGCAUUUUUUGGUUUGCAACAAUCUUUGUACUACCAAGUUUACGGUGAUGAUGAGCAUUCCUGUAGAGUGCAUAUAAUUUCCGCCAUACUGUUUUGCAACAAUACAACAAAGAAUGCUAUUGUAAAAUACAUAGUAACUCAAACAAAAGCUUUAGUCCCAGUUAAGCGAACUGACGGUGUCGAAGGUCUAGAACGCCUAUUGUUGUGGCAAUUGAUCUUAUUAUGUGUGGUAACUUCAGAUGCCAAAUCCAUAGAGUGGUCCAUCUUUGAACAAAUGUUAUCAAGUAUCGAAGACGAGAGUUCGCCAUUAGUAAGGAUAUGCAAGGAAUGGUCAAUUGCACAUGUUUUAGCUCAUCAAGAAUCUGAAAAGCUGACCAAACAAGCCAACUAUUUGUUUAGUCAUUUUGAUGAUCAUAGCAAACCUAUCCUUGUGGUCACUGUGGAGAAAAUCAUUUACAUUACUCUCAAGGCCAUGGUAUUUGAUAUUAAAAACGAAUACUUCUCAACUUUACAGGACAGAUUUGUAGCAUUACUAGUUGCAAACUGUACUUCAAAUAAGCCCCUUGUAAGACACUUUUCUAAUUCUCUGAUACUUUCUUUCUGGCCAAAAUUCAAAGAAGUUUUACAAGAUUCCUCAUUGAAGUUAAUUCUACAAAAAUUGUAUGAAAAUUCUAAGGAAGCACAAAUCGUUGGACAAUAUAGAACCGGUGAUGCUAAUGUAUGGGAUCUUGUAGAUGACUGUACAUUAACUGGCCUAUUUGGUGGUGUACUAAUGAAAUGUAUCGAUCAUGAAGUACCCUAUUUAUCAAAAUCUGACUUUGAGAAGUACAUACCGCAAUCAACAGACCUUCCAAUACCUAUCGGAAUCGAUGAGAAUGAUAAAUGGUUAAGCAAGAGAGAAAGUAAGAAUGUAUCUAACCCAAAUGUUACAUCUCAAAAUGCUUUAUCUGAUUCUCUACAAACUAAAAGUGGUGCGUGGGAAACUGUACUAGACAUCGAUCAAAAACGUUCCAACUCUAUGAUUAAAAGGUCCGAGUUAAUUGUGGUCUCCUCACUAGUUGACAAGCCUCCAAAUCUAGGUGGUAUUUGCAGACUAUGUGAUGUUUUAGGUGUAGGCUUAUUAACAGUUCAAGAUUUGAGGGUCAAGAACCAUCCUCAGUUUAAGAAUGUCGCUGUCACUGCUGAUAAAUGGAUGCCAAUGGAGGAAGUACCAAUUGAUGAGAUAAGCAAGUUCAUGAAAGAGAAAAAGAAAGAGGGAUAUACGCUGAUUGGACUCGAACAAACUGAUAAGUCUAUUAAGCUGGAUAAUAACUUCAAGUUUCCAUCAAAGAGUUUGAUACUUUUGGGUACAGAAGCCCAUGGUAUACCUGGUCAUCUUUUAAAUGAGCUUGACUUGUGCCUAGAAAUCAAACAGCAUGGUGUCAUUCGCUCGAUGAACAUCCAAACAGCAACAGCAGUCAUUGUACAUUCUUAUUCAGCACAGAUACUAUAG